AUGGCGACUGCUCAAGAGCACAAUGACACCACUCUUGCGCAGGCUGCUGGACUGACCGGUACGCACGCUCACCAUCCAGUCAAUGGCACGAGCACCUUGGACCACGCUGCAGCCAAUGAAGGCAUAGCCAAAGAGAGGAAACCUUACGACUAUGGCGGCAACCCGCUCGCUCACAUUGCGACCAACAACCCCGACUACCGACUUACGGCUUUCGGUGGUGAAUUCCAGCCUGGUCUGUAUCGCGCCCCGAAGAGCAACUUUGCCAACCCAGCUCCAUUGGGUCUGUCCGCUUUCGCCCUGACGACUUUCGUGCUGUCUCUCAUCAAUGUCGGAACACGCUCCAUCGGCGAACCCAACAUCGUCGUAGCGAUUGCUUAUGGCUACGGUGGUCUCGUCCAGUUGCUGGCCGGCAUGUGGGAAAUGGCCGUCGGCAACACCUUUGGUGCCACCGCACUUUCAUCCUACGGCGGCUUCUGGCUCUCAUUCGCCAUCAUCCUGACCCCAGGCGGCUUCGAGAUUGCCUCCACUCUUGAGGAGAAGAGCCCUUUCCCGUUCUACAACUCGUUCGGAUUGUACCUCAUGGGCUGGUUCAUCUUUACGUUUAUCCUGCUUAUCUGCACCCUGCGAUCGACAGUGGCCUUCUUCUCGCUCUUCUUCACGCUAGACUUGGCCUUCAUGCUCCUGGGCAUUGGCUACCUCAGAGCGGAUGCCGCCGGCCCCAACGAGGCGUGCAUCAAGGCUGGUGGUUACUUUGGCCUCUUCGCUGCGUUCCUAGCUUGGUACAACGCGCUCGCCGGUAUUGCGGACAGCUCCAACAGCUUCUUCGUCAUCCCCGUCGCGCACUUCCCAUGGUCCGAGAAGGGUCGCGAGGCCCGCGGCAAGCCCACCAACUCCUCCGAGGCGCACACCGCAUAA